GCGACAAUUCGCGGCGGUCGGGUUUGCUGCCUGCUUGACGUCGACAACUUAGAAUCCCCACUCUCAUUCGCGAUGGCCACCCUCCAGGCCGCCAAAAAGGCUCUCUCCGUCCCGCCCACGGUGCGCACCCUGCCUUCUGGCGUCCCUGCCGCGCCUUCCCUCCUCAACCUCCGCGCUCGCGCCCCCGCCGAUGCCCAUGGCCACGACGACGGACACGGCGCGGCUGGUCCUCGCACAGACGCCAUCCCGAAGUGGGCGGGCGGCAUGAACCUUGGCGCGUACAAGUCGUACGUGAGCGUGCCCCCAACGGCCCGGUUCCAGCAGCGCUCGGUGCACACGAGCGCGCCCGUAGCGUCUGAGCCCAAGGUGCCCGACUUCUCGCACUACCGCGCAAAGGACAAGAACUCCAACCGCGCUCUUUCCUACUUCAUGGUCGGCUCCAUGGGCCUGCUCUCCGCGAGCGUCGCCAAGUCCUCCAUCGCAGAGUUCCUGCGCACCAUGUCUGCGUCCGCAGACGUUCUCGCGCUUGCGAAGGUUGAGGUCGAGAUGGGCUCAAUCCCGGAGGGCAAGAACGUGAUCAUCAAGUGGCGCGGCAAGCCCGUGUUCAUCCGUCACCGCACUCAGAGCGAGAUCGACGAGGCGCGCUCUGCCGACUGGAAGACGUUCCGUGACCCGGAGCCGGAUGAGGCGCGCGUGAAGAAGCCGGAGUGGCUUGUCAUGCUUGGCGUCUGCACGCAUCUUGGUUGUGUCCCCAUCGGUGAGGCGGGUGACUAUGGCGGCUGGUUCUGCCCGUGCCACGGUUCCCACUACGACAUCUCUGGUCGUGCCCGCAAGGGUCCUGCUCCCACCAACCUCGAAAUUCCCGAGUACGAGAUCAACGAGGCGGAGGGCAAGAUGGUCAUCGGUUAGAUACUCUAGACUUGCAUCCUGCAGUAACUGGCCGCGGUAUUGGAUUGGGCUAUCCAAUGAAUCUAUUCACUCACGUCGGACAAAACUUAUGAACAUCGCCAAGCAACCUGAAGGCCUCCCG